GGUAAAAGUCCAAUGGGCAUUCUUACAGAUCAAGAUGCGGCAAUGCGGAAGGCAUUGCUUACAUCUAUGCCCGAAGCUCGACAUCGAUGGUGUUUGAGAAAUAUCAAGAUAUUAAGGAUGAUCUUCUUUAUGCCAUAUAUGAUAGCUUAGAUCCUUCUGAAUUUGAGGAGAAUUGGAACAAUGUAAUUGCAAAGUAUGAUCUUGUUGACAAUGGUUGGCUUGGAGGUUUAUAUCGGGAAAGAGAAAUGUGGGUUCCUGCAUACAUGAGACACAUGUUUUGGGCGGGAAUGAAGACUACACAAAGAGUAGAGAGUAUAAUAAACAGCUUCUUUGACGGGUAUGUGAACAAACACACUCGGUUGUAUGAGUUUGCGGAGAGGUAUUGUGAAGCAAUGGAGGUUCGCGCAAAUGACGAGAAGGAGAACGACGCAAAUUCAGCCAGGUAUGUGAGGACACUUGAAACUGAUUUUUCUGUUGAAGCUAUAUACCAGAAGAUAUAUACUGACAAUAAAUUUAAGGAGGUUCAAAGAGAGUGCACUAGGUCCUUAUAUUUGAAUGUGCAGGGAAAGAAUGUAGUUUCAGAUAAUGUUUUGGAACAUUAUGUUCAAGAUAGGGUGUGGGUAAGAUGUAAAGACACAAGAAAAGAGAUUGUUUCCAAAAAAAAGAGGAUGUACAAGGUUACGUUUGACUCUAGUACAAAGGAUGUAAGUUGUGCAUGCAAGUUAUUUGAGUGCAAUGGAAUCAUGUGUCGUCACAUGAUAUUUGUAUAUGAGAUUCAUGACCAGUUAGAGGUCCAGAAAAAUAUAUUUUGAGGCGGUGGAGAAAAGAUGUUCAUAGAAAACAUACGAGGGUUAAGGUGGCUUAUCACGACCCUUCGAAAACAGAUGAGGUUCGUAGAUAUGAUUAUAUUUUUGACAAAUUUGUUCCAAUUUGUGAGAAGGCUUCAAAGUUUGAGGAGAAUAUUGCUGUUGUAGUAGAAAUGUUUGACCUCAUGAAAUUGCGGGUUGAGGAGACAAG